GAUUUAAGAUCGACUAAUUUUAUAGCGCGCAGCGUAUGACAUGUUUUUGUUUACCUCUGUAGUUCGACUCGGAAAUGGAAAUCGAUGAAUAAUUAUUUUGCGAAUGUUUAAAAAUAGUUAUGGCAUUCCUAGGACAUGAAUUAGUUGUUUGAGCGAAAUGGAGGAACUCAGCCAAAUGAAGAUGGAAGAAUUUACUUCCACAAUAAAGGUAGAAGAGGUUCUGAUAUCAGAAGCUGUGACUGCGGAAGAGGAAACUAUACUAGCUAUCAUCGAUCGGUGCUCCGGUGAGCCGACUGUAACGAACGCCCUAGAGAGAAGUUCAACGGAUAUAAAACAAGAACCUGUGACGGACAACACCGACGAAGCUGAGACUAGGGCAGCUUGUGAUGAUAUUGCAACUUCUAACUCCAGUAAUUUAAAUGGUUCGAAAAGGCACAGAUCCCGCGUUGGUGGUCAUCCGCAGAAAAAAAUAAAGACAAAAUACAGUUGUGAUAUUUGCGGCAUAACAUUCCGUACAGCUAGAUAUUUUCUGCACCAUAAGAAAGCCCAUACAGGAGACCGGAAUUCUGAGUGUGGCAUACAAUCGAAUUCGAUUCACAUGAAGAUACACCGCAAAGAUUGCUCGUAUAAAUGUCUGAUCUGCGUUAAAACAUUCACAGAUAUUUCUAAUCUCAUGGAACAUAUGCGCACUCACAGCGAUGCGCGACCCUACAAAUGCGACAUCUGUGACGCAACGUAUAAGACACGAGAUGCUCUAAAAGAUCAUAGGAAGAUCCACAAUGUCGAGCCAUACAACCGGACUGAUAACAGCCGAAGCGACCGAUCAGUAAAAUACACCUGUGACAUAUGUGGUAAACAGUACAGACGAUUAAGAACACUUCAUCUACAUCUGGAGCUUCAUCUGAGCACCACUGAGAUAAAAACUCAAAACACCAAACCACACGAGUGUACGACUUGUGGAAAAGCAUUCCAGCAUAGAUCUCAACUUCUAAGGCACAUGCUUUCUCAUACUGAAGAACGGCCUUUUGAUUGCGAUAUUUGCGGUUUGUCAUUCAAGUCAAUUCUACAUUUGAAUGUGCAUACAAAAAGUCACACCUCCGAGAGGCCACAUGAAUGCGAAAUUUGCGGGGAAAAGUUUCUUUUUCCUUCCACGCUUAAGAGGCACUUGUUUGGCCAUUCCAACGAACGGCCUUUUAAAUGCAACAUUUGCGGGCUAUCAUUGAGGUCAGAACGUAGUAUAAGAAUUCAUAAAGGAAAGCAUAAUUCCGAUCGUGAAAAAGAAGUUCUCAAUUGUGACAUUUCUUGUUUAUCACAUAGAUCAGCUAAUGGUUUGCAAAAACAUGAGAAAAAGCCCUCCUUGGAGAGCCCGUUUAAAUGCGAAAUUUGCGAGAAAAAGUUCCCAUUUGUUUACAGACUGAAGCGGCACAUGCUUUGCCAUUCAAAUGAACGGCCUUUCAAAUGCAAUAUUUGCAGCUCAUCAUUCAAGUCAUUCGAAAACCUGAAAUUCCAUGGAAACGUACACUCGGAAGAACGAUACAAAUGUGAUAUAUGCGUUUUUUCAUGCAAGAAAAUUAGCGAUUUGAAAAAGCACGAGAAAACGCAAAAGCAUCUAAUGCGAAAGUUGAUCACAAACGAAAAUUAAUAAGCGGUAUUGUUCUAUGUCGAUUUGUUACAUAGAAAUUAUUAGGGUGAAACAAACGUAGGAGGGCUGGAAUAAAUGUUUCAAUAAACACUUCCCUCUAGCAGUUGCUACAAACCAAACGUGUUUCUAUCAGGUUAUGUACACAGUGACCUAUAUCUUCUCU